AUUGAGCUCCCCGCAGUCGCUGUCUAAUCGCGAUCCACUCGCUCCUUAUUCAAACACUCUCACUGCAAGCAACAUGGUUGUGGGAUCGGUUCUCGUUACGGGUGGCACCGGCUACAUUGGCUCCUUUACAGCCCUCGCGCUUCUCGAAGCCGACUACAAGGUCGUCAUUGUCGACAACCUCUACAACUCCUCCGACGAGGUCCUCAACCGCAUCGAGCUCAUCAGCGGAAAGCGACCAGAGUACGAGAAGAUCGAUAUCACAGACGAGAAGUCGCUGGACGCUGUCUUCGACAAGCACCCAGACAUUGACAAUGUCAUCCACUUCGCCGCGUUGAAGGCAGUGGGAGAGAGCUCCGAAAUCCCGCUCGACUACUACAAUGUCAAUGUCUACGGCACACUCUGCCUGCUCCGCAGCAUGCAGAAGCACAAUGUCACCAACAUUGUCUUCUCGUCCUCCGCGACCGUCUACGGCGAUGCGACCAGAUUUCCGAACAUGAUUCCGAUCCCAGAAGAGUGCCCAUUGGGUCCCACCAACCCAUACGGAAACACCAAAUUCACUGUCGAGACGAUGAUCACAGACUACAUCAACGCAGAGAGGACAAGGGCAAAGAAGGAGGGCAAGAGCGUCGAGGCACACAACGCUGCAUUGUUGAGAUACUUCAACCCAGCAGGAAGUCAUCCUAGUGGGAUUAUGGGCGAGGACCCUCAGGGUGUACCAUACAACCUGCUGCCACUUCUGGCUCAAGUCGCUGUUGGCAAGCGGGAGAAGCUGCUCGUGUUUGGAGAUGAUUAUGCUUCCAAGGAUGGCACAGCAAUCAGAGACUACCUCCACGUUGUCGAUCUUGCCGAGGGCCACGUUAUCGCACUCAACUACCUUCGCCAGAACAGCCCUGGUGUCCGAGCAUGGAACUUGGGAACCGGACGUGGCAGCACCGUCUACGACAUGAUCAAAGCAUUCAGCAAGGCAGUCGGUCGCGACCUCCCAUACGAGGUCGCUCCUCGCCGUGCAGGUGAUGUGCUUGAUCUGACUGCCAACCCAACUCGCGCAAACACUGAACUACAGUGGAAGACCAAGUUCACUCUCGAAGAUGCUUGCGCAGAUCUUUGGAGAUGGACCGAGAACAACCCUCAGGGCUACAGACAGCAACCUCCAAAGGAGUUCAUUGAUGCAUUGAAGAACAAGAAAUAGAUGGUCUGUUGAGCUGCGAAUCUACAUAGAGGAAUGCGGGUUGGCAAACAGUGAUAGAGUAGGCUAGAAAAGCGAUUGGAUACCCAGUAGAUGAUUGAAAAGGAUUUGCAUAUAUUGAAGUCUUGCUUCACUAUCAC